AAUGCCCGUUGCCCCUCCAGAGAUCCAAUUUGUGUCCAAUGAAUAUUAAUUCAUGGAAAAUUGGUCCCUUCCCAUAAAUUUUUAUGGUUGCCUUAGAAUUGUGUAUGUGCAAUUAAGUCCCUUCAACACAAUGAUGUGUUUGAUAUAUAAAAAACCCUUGGACUUUGCUAAGAGACAUGAGACAUGAGAAUUGAGACAUGGGCAUGCCGAUUAGUUGAGAGAACAAAUAAAAAAGAGAUAGAGGGAGAAAUACAUAAAGGGCGAAUGUUGAAAUUUUGAAAUUGAUUAAGAGAAAAAAGGAAAAAUUGAA